UCAGUUCCUCUGGAUAUUCUCACUCGAGGUCCUUUAGCUUUAAAAGCUUAUAAAGAGGCCCUUGCACGUGGUGAAACUUCUGUCAGGAGGGUGCCUUUAAUGCUGAUUGGACAAGGCGGUGCUGGAAAGACCACCACAAAGAAAUCAUUGAAAGGGAUCUGUUUUGAUCCAAACGAGGACAGAACUGAUGGGAUUGAUGUAGAUCCUUCCUAUUUUAAAGUGUCCACUGAGACGUGGCGGACGGGAGAGCAAGGCAACGACAAAAAUUCCGAUACCGCCAUUGACCUUAAAUAUCAUUUGGCAAGAUGUUUUGCCGAUUUUUUAAAGAUGCAAGAAAACUCCAUCCAGCGGAAUACAGAUAGAGAUUUCCUUGAUUCUGAAAUUAUUGAAGUGCCAGAGCAACUAACAACCACUGAAGAAUCAAGAGACAAAGACCAAAAAGAGGAAGCAGCUGCAGCUAAUAAAAGGUUGUCCCGAGAUGGUUUAAAUGACGACAGCUUCUCUCGUGCAUCUGUACCCGAAGAGGUAGCAGCUGUAACUGAACGGUUCCUCCGAGGAGAUGUGGACGACAACAGAGAAGACAUUUAUUUUACUUUUUGGGACUUUGCUGGACAGUCAGUGUAUUAUGUGACUCAUCCGCUUUUUCUUACAGCCAGAGCGAUGUUCCUCUUGGUGUAUGAUCUAAGCCUAAAUCCUGACGACGAAGCAAAGCCCGUUUUAAAACAAGGAGUAUACGAAGAAAGUGAAGAAAGCUACAAUAUAAAAACAAAUUUUGAUUAUCUUGACUUUUGGAUGAGGUCUGUGGCCUCAUUAGCCAGAGGUCAAGCGGAAGGGUCUAGACUAGAAGAGACGACCUCUGUGAAGCUUCCUCCCGUUUUCCUCGUGUGCACCCAUGCUGAUAAACCUUAUGGUCAUGGCGAUCCAGAAAAACUGGCCCGAAAGAUAUUUGGGUAUCUAAAGAGAAAGCCGUAUGGUGCUCAUCUGUGUGACGUAUUUUGGAUAGAUAACACAAGUCUAAGCGUCAACAAUUCUGACUGUCCACAGGUUGUCCGUCUGCGAAAGGAAAUAAUUGCUUUUGCCAAGAAGCUUCCUUUCAUUAAUGAGACCAUUCCAAUCAACUGGUUAAAGUUCGAGAAGGCUGUUCAGGCCAAAAAGGAAGUGGGAAACAAACGCAUUUCCCUGGAGUCCGCGAAAGAUAUUGCUAAAAAAGACUGCAACAUUGUUGACGAGAAAGAGUUUGAAACCUUGCUGAACUAUCUUCAUGACAUCAGAAGUUUGAUUCAUUACGAAGACACAGUGCAGUUGAAUAAAUUGGUAGUCCUAGAACCUCAAUGGUUAGCUGAUGUUUUCAAGAAGGUGAUAACUGUAAAGCCGUAUGACCCUCAAGAAAAGGAAUUCUUACAUCUGUGGCGUAAGCUUGAGUCGACAGGAGUACUGGAUGAAAAUCUUGUGGCUCAUGUAUGGGGCCCUUUGUUUGAAGACAAAGAAACAUUGGAGAGUCUCAUUGGAAUCAUGGAGAGAUUUAGCUUGUUAUGCCCUUGGCCAGUCCAUGGCUCGAGCAACAGUCAGUAUCUUGUCCCGUCAAUGUUGAUGUCAUGUCCAACAACUGACCUUCUUGAGCUAGUGGAGUCGGCCAAUAUUCCUUCCCUUUUUGUCAAAUUUUCAAAUGGUGAAGUUCCUCCAGCUUUUUUCCCUCGGUUGGUCGUACAGUUUAUUCAGUGGGGCAGAGAAAGAUUUUGGUCAGAAGAGACUCCUCAGCUCUUUGUGGGGUUUGCUAGGUUUUAUACCUCCGAAGAAAAAUGCUCUGUUAUUUUUAUAUGCCACUCCUCAUCUGUUGAGGUCGUUGUUCAUGGAGGUAAUUCAGCAUCUUUCCUACCCAGCAGCGGAGAGGAAACCUGUGCUCGUAGGGUGUGUAGACAGCUGAGCUUGAUUCUUGAGUGUAUGCGCAAUCAGUUUCCCUGGCUGGAAAAUAUGACAUAUGAAAUGUGUGUCAAAUGCCCCGUUUGCUCCAAAGGAGGGGAAGUUGCCUUUUGCCAAACCCAUGGUGCAAAAAUAUGCAAACAGGAACAAUGCCUUCACUUCUGGAUUGUGUCUGAAUUGUGCAGUGACACUAGAAAUAUCUCCUGCAGGAGGUUCGCGUUUGCUCCAGACACCACGGUUGAAAUCAGGCAGUUUUCCCCUUGGUUUCCUGCUCAAGAAGAACAGGUAAUUAAACCAUAUUUUUACUGGAAUUUUUUGGGGUCACGUGGAGUUUUCUCCAUCCAUCCCCGCCCGUCCACUCCCCUGACCACCGUGGCCAAUUUGUAAUUUAAGUAGUUUUAUCGCCGAAUCAAACCUUUUACACUAAAGCGCUUGAAAAAUUUUCCAGGUUAAAGAAGCUCGCGUUAACUGAUGACAGUUUUGAGCAAACGCUGAAAGGAAAAGUCACGGAGUUUGGAGCUAAAAUUAAAACGUUGGCACUGAAAUUGAAGUAGAGUCAGCUAUCUCUGAACGAAGGAAGAAAAGAGUGUUAUUUUUUCCUUUUUAUUAAUUACAGCUUGGGACUGAUGAAUGUGUCGGAGACCAGUUUGAUCUUGGUGAAGGUAAGGAUAGUGAGUCAACAACCAUCAGUAAGAAAAUACCCAGUAAGUGAUAAACCGUUUUGUUAAUAGACGAAUCCAAAGGGAAGAGUUCGUACAGUAUAGGAGUAACUGAAACCGUUAAGUGUAGCUUUGUGUUUAGAUGUGCCAAACCACGAACUGACUUUAUGAAGUGCUCCGAAAAUUUUAUUCAAAAUCAGAUCGGUGUAAAAAUUAAGCAAUAUUUUUUUAUGAGGCUAAACCCUAUUUAGACUUAACUUUUUUGGGACUGGACUAGGCUUGGAGGCUCGUAGCCUGUAGAUUUACCGCGGACGAUACUUUUACACAGAGUCACACCAAGUCUAUCUUUGACGUACAGUUUUGAUGUCAUAAUUAGGUAAUAUAAUGUCAAAAUGAAUUUAUUUUAAUAGUCAUUUUAAAAAACACAACAAACCAUAUUAGCAAAUUUUAAAUCACAUUUUCUUCACAAAACAACUCUCAUUAGAAGAUUGUGUCGAUACAAACGCACGAUUGAUGGUCUUGUAAUUUUUUUGCUUCAUACUGGAAGACUUUCACGUCAUUGCUGCAUUGUCAUUGUCAUUUGCGUCGUGGCGGAUUAUUUGAGUUUUUUUUUUUUUUAGUUAGAAGUGUACGGGAUGAAGCCUCCGGUACUUUAUCCACCUUGGUAGACGAGAAUCUAGAAAGCUGAGACAAAAAUGUCAGUGAGAUUACUUAACGAGCAAACGACAUUUUGAGAAGAAAUGUAAGGGGGAAUAAUCUCCGGGAAAGAGUGUAGAGUAUCGUCUAUACACUCUUUCCCGGAGAUAAUAGGAAAGUAAUAGCAUAAUUUUUUCUCUGGUAUAUCGUUAUAUAAAAAAAGAUGUGGUCGAACAAUAGCUAAAUACUUUCCUAUGUUUUUAAGUGAUUGUGGCAUUGUUUUAAUUCUAGGAAACCAAGAAAAGGCAUUGGCAGUUCGUAGCAGUGUGCUUGAACAUCUUUCGUCCAAGUCGUGCGAUGCCGAACUGGUUGUUAGCAAACUGAAGGAGACUCUGCGGUUAGAUCAAGCCUCUCUUGAACAGCCAGACUCUGACACCAAGAAACAGAUCCGCUACUUGGCUAGAGAAGCUAGUCGUUCCAACAGACCUGAUGUGGUGGAAUACUUGAGAGAAAUUACCCCUGCUGGGACUACUGGUGAGUGUUUCAUUUUUCCUCAUAAUCAUUCCUAGGAGAUGUAGUGUUUUCACUUUACACUCUAUUGAACUUUGCACUAAUUAUAAUCGAGGAUCCCUUAUUGUCUAAUUGCGUUCAUGCAUUAUUCUUAUCUCUUUCCUUUAAAGGAGGAAAGAUGACCUAUGAUCUUGGAGUCAUGUUAGAGUUUUGAUAGAUCAAACGUGGGCUAUUAACAAAUGAGUUUUACAUACUGAUAUGCAUGCUUGAUUCCAGGUCCACUAUUACCUGAAUCCCUUGACGUGAGAAGAAUCCCUAUUUCGCAAGCAAGACAGCUUACAAUCGACUUGACUGGUAUGGAUUUUAGGAUAAACUCAACCUGUCUGACGUCUUAUUUUGUGAGCAAAUUAAUACUUUCUUUAGGUCGAGGUAAAAGUUAUCAGCCGAGCCGAAGGCCGAAGCUGGUUACGCUCACUUAGACCUUGAUUAUUACGGGCAUCACAAAAACCAAAACUAAGAACUGUCUUAUUGUACACUGUUUCGAAGAAAGUGACAACAAACACACCAUCGCACAGAACACAUUUUGUCAUUGUUCUUGGAAAUCAUGCGUUGAGUGCGCAACCUACAAAUUAGUCAUUAACCUGAUAGUAGACAACUAAUCUGUACGUUGCGCUUAUUUCCAAAAUCUAUCUAGUGUACAUGUAGGAUCUUAUUCAAUGAGAAGACACAGGUAUUGAGUACAGUCAACUCUCGCCUUGUGAACACCCCGCUAUAACGGACACCCCGAUAAUACGGACAGCAGCUAUAUCCCAGGAAACAAUAAAUUACAGACAUUUGACUGAAAUGAACUCCCGCUAUUACGGACUCUCGCUAAUCAGGACGCUAUGUCGAGGUCCCUGCUGGAGUGUCUGCUAUAAAGAGAGUUGACUGUACAAUGUAUAAAAAUUAUUAUUAAGACUAUCAUUAUCAUUAUCAUUUUAAACUGCCUUAUUUAGUCUUAAUGCAUUGGCACGCAAGUACAAAUUGGGGACAUGCUUUUGCGUUUCGUGCUGCAAAUGGGCCACUCAAAGAUCUAGCCGUCUUUUGGAAAAAGGCCUUUUCCCGAGUGUUGGUUCGUCCCCUGGAAUCAAACUCCACUUCCUCCCGUUGGCGCUUUACUAAAUCAGCUUACCCAACAGUAGCUAGGUCAGUUUAGGUGUAGGUUGUUAGGCAACCGCUGAUCUUUCGGUUUUUCUUUGUUGUAGUUGCAGGCGGCGAAAAGUGGAAGUUUGUUGCCGAGAAACUGGGUUUGAAUCCCGGAGAGAUCCGUUUUCUUGACGAGCGCAACAAGAAUCCAGUUGAAGCUCUCUUAGCCUUUGUCGCGAAUCAGCGUUACAUGUCGGUGGGAGAACUUUAUCAAGUCUUAUGCCAUUGUGGGAUUCCCGUAAUCGCCGAUCAACUGUAA